AUGUGCCUGGUGGUGGUCUGCGACGAGCCGGAGCGCGUGGUGGCCACGUACCAGGCGCCCGGACGGUGCCCCUACUGCGGCGGCGGCGUGGUGGCGGCGGACGUGGAGAGCGCGCCGCGGCUCUGCUUCGUCCCGCUCUGCUUCCGCAUCCGACGCCGCUUCUACUGCUCCCUCUGCUCACGCCGCCUCGUCUCCGUCGCCUGA